AACGGUAAAAAAACAGGAGUUUAAGAGGCAGUCGCAAAUCCAACGAUCCAAACCCUCUUCAUAGUCUCCAAGCGCUCUCUUGAGUAUUUUUUUUUCCUUUACAGCGUUUUUAGGGUUUAAUCCAAUCGAAUCUAAGCCAUGUCUCUGAGACCCAGCGCUAGAACCGAGGUUCGCCGGAACCGGUAUAAGGUCGCCGUCGAUGCCGAGGAAGGCCGGAGACGGAGGGAAGACAACAUGGUUGAGAUCCGUAAGAGCAAACGCGAGGAGAGCUUGCAGAAGAAGCGUCGUGAAGGUCUCCAGGCUCAGCAGUUCCCUGCCGCUGCUCACGCUUCCACUGUCGAAAAAAAGUUAGAGAGUCUUCCUUCGAUGGUUGCUGGGGUUUGGUCGGAUAAUAGCAGUUUGCAGCUGGAGGCCACUACUCAGUUCCGGAAACUGCUUUCUAUUGAACGUAGUCCGCCAAUUGAGGAAGUUAUUCAAUCUGGGGUAGUUCCUCGCUUUGUUGAAUUUCUUGUUAGGGAGGAUUUCCCACAGCUUCAGUUUGAGGCAGCUUGGGCUCUCACAAACAUUGCUUCUGGGACAUCAGAAAAUACCAAGGUGGUAAUUGAUCAUGGAGCAGUGCCAAUAUUUGUGAAGCUACUUGGUUCUCCGAGUGAUGAUGUUCGGGAGCAGGCUGUCUGGGCUUUGGGAAAUGUUGCUGGUGACUCACCCAGAUGCCGUGAUCUUGUCCUUGGUCAUGGGGCCUUGAUUCCAUUGUUAGCACAGUUGAAUGAGCAUGCCAAACUUUCAAUGCUAAGAAAUGCCACAUGGACUCUAUCAAACUUCUGCAGAGGCAAGCCUCAGCCACCAUUUGAUCAGGUGAAGCCGGCACUUCCAGCCCUGGAGCGUCUUGUUCAUUCCAGCGAUGAAGAAGUUCUGACAGAUGCAUGUUGGGCACUCUCAUAUCUCUCUGAUGGUACAAAUGACAAAAUUCAAGCAGUGAUCGAGGCAGGUGUCUGCCCCAGACUUGUUGAGCUCCUCCUUCAUCCAUCUCCAUCAGUGCUCAUUCCUGCCCUUCGCACAGUUGGAAACAUUGUGACAGGAGACGAUAUCCAGACUCAGUCUAUAAUUAAUCAUGGUGCACUUCCGUGCCUUCUGAGCCUGUUGACCCAUAAUCAUAAAAAGAGCAUCAAGAAAGAAGCUUGCUGGACUAUUUCAAAUAUUACAGCUGGAAACAAGGAACAGAUCCAGGCUGUUAUCGAGGCUGGUGUAAUUGCCCCCUUGGUUCAUUUGCUUCAAACUGCCGAGUUUGAUAUAAAGAAAGAGGCAGCAUGGGCAAUAUCGAAUGCUACUUCUGGUGGCACUCAUGAACAAAUCAAGUACCUGGUGAGUCAAGGGUGCAUAAAGCCAUUGUGUGACCUCCUUGUAUGCCCUGAUCCAAGGAUUGUGACUGUCUGUUUGGAAGGACUAGAGAACAUACUGAAGGUUGGGGAAGCUGAGAAGACUCUAGGCAACAGUGGAGAUGUUAAUUAUUAUGCCCAAUUGAUAGACGAUGCUGAAGGGUUAGAAAAGAUUGAGAAUCUUCAGAGUCAUGAUAACAAUGAGAUUUAUGAAAAGGCAGUGAAGAUUCUUGAGACAUAUUGGUUGGAGGAGGAGGAUGAAACAUUGCCUUCAGGUGAUGGUUCCCAGCCUGGUUUCCAAUUUGGAGGCAAUGAUGUUUCAGUUCCAUCAGGUGGAUUCAACUUUAGCUGAAGGGUUUUCAGUUGGUUGGAUGAAGCUCAAAAGUUCAGGGGGGGCAACUUAUAUGUUGGGUCAAGUCAAGUCAAGUCAGGGCACCUUGCUGUGUCUGGUUGCAGUCCGGUCCUGUGUCCGUUGUGGUUGAAGAGGAGUCAAGGUCGGUCAGUUUAUACUACAAUGGUCAAAUAAAAAAGGGGUGGGGUGGGGUGGGUUGGGUGGGUUGGGUUGGGUUGGGUUUCAUGACGAAGUGAAGGCCAGGUGGGCGUCAUUUGGUUUUUUGCCUUGUACCAAAGUAUGUAAUGGGAAGUGUCUGAAGGGGAUCAUUGCUGCACAAGGGGGGUUCCUUAUUUUGAAUGGUGUGCAAGUAUCUCUCUUGAAAUUGCAGCAUUGUCUCUUCUAUUUGCUCUUUAAGAGUCCUUUAGCUGUACCAUUAAGUUCCUAGUGAGUCGGUAUUCGUUUUGUUGUUGCUGGGUGAAUAUAGUAUUCAAAAACAUUUUCUUUAUUGCUUGGUUUAUUGCAAGGAGAAAGAAAGAAAAUAGAGCUUAUUUUCUAUUAUAGACACCCCCAUCUCUCA